AUGCGCGCACUCACCCCCUCCUUCUCCUCCUAUGCAACUGCCAGCUCAUCCGGCCUAUCUCAGGGAAGGUACCCUAUUCCAGACUUGACGACUGCAAUUGGGAUGAAGCACUUCGAAAGUGUUAUAGCUCAACAGACUCCAAGAGGCACUGCUGUCGAGGUGUUCAUGAUGUCGAGGCAGGGCAGGCUUACAGAGGCUGUCCUGACUGGACUUCCACAUGCGCUCUGUGCUUCAGCCCCAUUCGGGGACAUACAACAGAUGCUUGUUGCACUAUGGCCACGUCUCUAUGCGUGGCUCAUGUACUUCUUUACUCCAGCACUCGAACGGUCGGACUUGGAAUUGCUCAACAAGAGCUUCCAACAUGAUCCGGAGGCAAGGGCUUUGAAGCUGGUCAUCGUGGCCAUUGGGGCUAUCAUGCGAUUGCUGAAGAGCGAGGAGAUUGAACUGCUCGUGACGCCUCCUCAUAGCCUUCUGUCUCUGGCAGCAACCGUCUAUGUUCGAGUCAGCGCCCUACUUGAUACCGCAACGGAACCCCCCCUCCCCGAGAUAUGGUCUACAGCAUUGCGUACCACGGCAUCGAUUCUCCCGUUCCUGGCAACAAGCAGUAAGGCUAAGGCCGACGCCGUUGGUCUUGAUACAAAGGCCGCAGUAGGCUAUCGACCAUACAGACUAUAUCGGGCUCUAGGGGUUCAUAUACGGUACACAAUCCGCACAAAGGACGGAUAUGAAACCCUCCGACAUCGACUGGAGACGAUUUUGCCCCUGACUGCCGUACCCCACAUGGAGAUAGCCCGGUACCCUAGCGAGCUCAUUGAGGGACUGGUAGAGGUAAUCAAGGCCUCAACAGAUGCUAGGGUUCUCUCUGCCGCGUACGCGACCGUAGCCCUCAUCUUUGGCCGAGAUACCCACGCCGUCAAGAUCGCUUCAGAGCUGGAUUUCUACUCGGUGAUUUGUGCAGGGACGGUCCUUCCGGCAGUGUCCGACUACUACCUGGCAAUAAUCCAUUCCAUAGAGGGCUCUCUGGUGUACCGCGACGUCAUCGAGGCCUUUUACUCUGGGACCAGCACACUCGACAAUGAUGCUCCCGAACCUCUUCGGCGACUUCAAAGAGUUGCCCUUGAAAGCAUAAGUGCUCUCGAGAAAUUCUCAGCACAUUGGAAUCAUGCUGCUUGUUGCAUAAACUGUGGCAGCAAAGCAGAGCUUUACGCGUGCACAUGCGGCACUACCGUCUAUUGCUCUAGGAAAUGCCAGCGUGCACAAUGGAUAAAGGAACAUAGAGCUCAAUGCAGCAGGGGAUGCAUCCGCCCCAACCUGAGUGCAAGAGAUGUGCACUUCCUCGCCAUUUACGUGCACACAAUUCUUCAAGAGCAAUGCUUCUCUGCGCAGCUGGAAGCUUGUGGCUACAAUGCUUGCAUCAGCAUGGAUCUCAGGCUCGCUCGCAGGGUCACUGUACUUCCCAAUCCCCCAAGCACUUUGCCACCACAGUUGGAUGUUCGGGUGUGCAUUAUGCGCUCGACCUUCCAAAAGGAGUACCGCUUUAUCCUUCGUUCUCCAUCUCAACAACAGAGACCUUUUCGCUCACUUGAUGACGCAAAGUUGGCCUCACACGAGAUGAUGGUUACAGGAUGA